UAUGGCUGUGGCUUUAGACACCUUGUAGGGGACACGCUGAUUAAAAUGGAUCUCCACGGAAAACGCAUGAAGGUGUGGGAACAUCCUGGUCAGUAUCCAUCUGAGCCGGUCUUUGUUCCCUCUCCUAAUGCUACAGAGGAGGAUGAUGGUGUCAUCAUGUCUGUGGUCAUCACUCCAGACGAGGACAAGAGUACAUUCCUUCUGGUGUUAGAUGCCAAGACAUUCGAGGAGCUGGGCAGGGCGGUGGUACCUGUCAACAUCCCCUAUGGCUUCCACGGGACAUUCAAUGCCACGGCUUAGACGUCUGAUGGAUGUACAUGUGACUUCACAGGGACACACCUACACUGUGUACAUGUUGACUUAAAAGCAAAGACCCUCAUUUAAAGAAUUCCUUUAUUUUCAUGUCAUAGUGAUAUGUUAAAGCAUACAUGCCUUUUUUCAGACUUAAUAAAACCUUAAGUGUCGAUAUAA